AUGUUGAUAUCAGAAUUUAUAGCCGAAUUAACGAAAAUAGCAAUCGAAUUCCCAUCAGUGGAAGCAAGAAUUAAUCUUUACCUUGGAGAUUUGAGAAGAUAUUCGUGGAUAAUUUGUAAAAAAGAAAGAAAUCGAAUACUUUCAGCCUUAUAUUAUCGGAAAGCAUUAGAAUUGGAUAGCGAUAAUGGUACGAUUUUAAAUCAACUGGGAUUAUUGUGGCAAGACGCAAAUCCACAGCGAGCAUUACUAUAUUAUUUUUUUGCGUCUAUAGCAAAAUAUCCUUAUCAGGGAGCUGGAGAAAAUGUUUUGAACUUGUUAUCACUUUCACUCAAUGCUGACAGCCUUAUCUUAAAUAUUAUAUAUCAUUGUUUAAAUUCGUUUAGAAAAAUCGAAUAUGAAGAUUUAUCGCGAAAAUGGACUGAAGAUUUAUUGCCAAAUUAUUUAAACUCGCACAGAGUAGACGAUAUUUCUCUUUUCAUUCAUCUUCUAACACUUACAGCUGUUUUCCCACUUAGCAAAGAUGAAACUCUUCGAUCGUUAUUUUACUCGCUAAUUCGUGCUUGUGACUUAAUAAUGUGUUCAUUCGAAAGUUGGAAGACAUCAGAUACAGAAAAAAUUUUUCGACGUCGGCGAGCUUCACUUUCUUCGACUGAUGAUGACAAUGAUAACGAAAAUGAUGAAGAAUGUGAUAAUGAUACAGAUAAUGAAAAGGAAAAGAAAAAUAUUGGCAGUUUUAUUGAUAAUAAUGAUAAUGAAUAUGAUGAGUGGAAUUUGUCAAAUGAUCAAAAUGAAUAUAAAAAUCAAGUUAAAACAUUAAUGGUGCCCUUAUUACAUUUUACUAUCCAGUUGUCAACAUAUGUAUUAAGUGAUCGAUCUUCAUCGGCUUUGAGAUCGCUGUUCGAAAAGCAUUGCCAACAAUUAGUGGAUGCGUUAAAUUCAUUUGCAUUGAAGCCAGCAAAUUUUGAAAUACCAAUAUGGAAUAUAAUUGAAACAUCACCAGUGUUAAUGUUACCUUAUAUGGCAACAACGCUUGUUAACUUGCCGAAUUCUAUAAUAACAUACGAUUGUUUUUUUAAAAUAACUUCAACCGAUCUAGGAAAAACGACAAAUUUAAUGAAAAAUAUGGCAAAAUUACGUAUUGAUUAUGAGAAAAACGAGGUUAGUUAUCAAGCAUCGUUACCAAUUUAUGUCAUACCGGAAGAAGAAGUAUUAUUUGAGCGCUUAGAUAUAAUAAAAAACAUUUUGUUGAAGAAUAAAAUGAUAGUGAUAGUAAAUUAUGAAAUAAUACAAAAUGCUGAUAAAAGGAAGAAAGAUGAUAAGAAGUCGAGAAAAUUGCUUCGUUGGAUUGAAAAUGAAUUGCCAAAAUCAUCUAAGUAUCUUCGUCUUCGACCAUCGACAUCGACUUAUCAGUUGGCAAAGGACAUAAUUAGUUCAAAUAUUAGCAGCAAUACUAAUUCGAUUAUCGCUACCAUUCUUUAUCUUUCUACAAACAAUUAUCAAGAAAUUAAAAAUCCUGUUAAAUCUAUAACAAUUGAAAAUGUUGAUGAAUUUGCGAAUCGAUGCAAUAUUACAAAUUUUCGGCGAGGUACGACACCACGCUAA